AUGUCCACUGAAAGCUCCGGCUCCCCUUCGUCCAAAACCGCACCACCACAAGUGUCCCUGGAUACGAAGCCAGCCGAACGAGCCAGACAACGCUUCUCUGUCACCGGAAAUGCCAUAGUCACUGGCGGUGCAGGGGGUAUAGGCUCAGUAUCUUGUCGCGCCCUAUUGGAACAUGGUUUGAAAGGCCUGGCUAUUUUCGACCUACACCCAGACGAAGCCCAGAGAACCAUCGCGAAACUCCAGCCUGACUUCCCAGACACAACUAUCACGUUCUACAAGGCCGACAUCACGAACCCAGACUCUGUCACGGAAGCUGUGAGGAAUGUCCACGAUUCCCUCGGGUCCAUCGACGUGAUGGUCUGCUUCGCCGGGAUCGCGGGCUCGGUGCACGCGUUGGAUAUGAGCCCACAGGAAUGGAAUAGGAUGCUCCAGGUUAACACUACGGGCGCUUUUUUAUGUGCCCAAGCCGCAGCCAAGUUCAUGAGCCAGGCAAAUGGAGGAAGUAUUAUCCUGACAUCGAGUAUAUCCGGCCACGUUGUCAAUUUCCCUCAGCCUCAGGUCCAUUACAAUGCGGCAAAAGCUGCUAUUCUAUCGAUGAAUUCUUCUCUAGCGGCGGAGUGGGCACGAUACGGGAUCCGGGUUAAUAGUAUUAGCCCUGGGUAUAUGGAUACUAUUUUGAAUGAGGGAGAGGGACUCGAGGUGUUGAGGCAGGAGUGGGCGAAGCGGAACCCAUACGGUCGCAUGGGCCAGCCGGAGGAAUUGACUGGGGCUGUUAUUCUGCUGGCAAGCACGGCUGGGAGUUAUAUUACUGGUGCUGAUAUUCUGGUUGACGGUGGCAUUACUGUGUUUUGACCGAGCAAGGCUUUAUACAGUACUUCUUUGUGAUAGAUAGCAAC